UACAUCUUAAAUCAAAGAAACACAGUUUAUCUCGUAAAAUUUUCUUCUCUUCUAAAAAAUGGUGGAUUUGGCGGUUGUUGUUGAUGUGCCGAAGAAAUCGAAAAAAAAUGGAAGGAAAGCCUUGAAAGACAAAAACCCAUCGACAAAUGAAGCCAAUAUUUUGGCACAAAAGCUCUCCCCAGUCCCACCGGUUCCUUCUCCGAUGGAAGCCGACGAUCCCUCCAAAGCGAACUCUGGAACUCUCACUUCCCCCAAGAAAGCAAAGGCCGCCGCAGCCAAAUCGAAACAGAGCAAGCAAUCGUUCGAGAAAGACUUGCAAGAAAUGCAAGAUAUGCUUCAGCAGUUGAGGAUCCAGAAGGAGAAGACGGAGGAGUUGUUGAAGGAGAAAGAUGAGAUGCUGAAGCUGAAGGAAGAAGAGAUCGAGACCAAAGGUAAGAAACAAGAGAAAUUGCAGAUGGAGCUGAAGAGAUUGCAGAAAAUGAAGGAAUUCAAGCCGACCAUGACUUUUGCGAUUCCUCAGUCUUUGAAAGAGAAGAAAAAUGGUGGAUCUGAAAAGAAAAGGCCGUCACCACCUUACAUUUUAUGGUGCAAAGAUCAAUGGAAAGAGAUAAAGAAGGAGAAUCCAGAGGCGGAUUUCAAAGAGGUUUCGAAUAUUUUGGGUGCGAAAUGGAAGAUGAUCACUGCCGAAGAAAAGAAGCCCUACGAAGAGAUAUACCGAGCCGAAAAGGAAGCGUAUUUGCAGGUGAUGGCGAAAGAGAAGCGCGAGACCGAAGCGAUGAAGCUCUUGGAAGAUGAAAACAAGCAAAAGUCAGCCAUGGAGUUGCUUGAACAAUACCUGCAGUUCAAGCAAGAAGCGGAGAAAGAAACAACCAAGAAGAAGACCAAGAAAGAAAGGGAUCCCUUGAAGCCGAAGCAACCAAUGUCGGCUUUCUUUUUGUUCUCCAGCAAGCGGAGGGCAGCUCUUCUAACAGAGGACAAAAGCAAUAACAUUUUGGAUGUCGCAAAGAUCGCCGGCGAAGAGUGGAAGAACAUGACUGAAGAACAACGACGACCGUACCACGAGAUGGCAAAGAAGAACAAGGAAAAAUACAUGGAGGAAAUGGAGGCAUACAAGAAGAGAAAGGAAGAAGAAGCUUCGAGUCUCCAAAAACAAGAGGAAGAAACAAUGAAACUCCAUAAACAAGAAGCUCUGCAACUGCUUAAAAAGGAGAAAACAGAUAACAUCAUCAAGAAAACAAAGGAGAAACGCCAGAAAAACAAGCCUGUAUCAGACCCUAACAAGCCAAGGAAGCCUGCAUCUUCAUUCCUUUUGUUCAGCAAAGAAGCAAGGAAAACUCUAAUGCAAGAGCGAGAAGGGAUCAAUAAUUCCACACUCAAUGCAUUGAUUUCAGUGAAAUGGAAGGAACUUGGUGAGGAAGAGAGGAAUGUUUGGAAUGGAAAAGCAGCUGAAGCCAUGGAAGAAUACAAGAAGAAACUCGAAGAAUAUAAUAACAAAUGUGCAGAGGUGAACAAGCAGCAGUGAUGAAAUGUUCUUGAUGUUGUUUUGUUUGAAACAUCAAUCCUUUUGAUGAACUGUUCUUACACAGUAGGAUCUGGUUAUUUUAAGUUCUUGUCAUGUUGAUUU